AGGAACAAGGAGAGGAUGAUCAGUGUAGUAAGCGCGUGUAGAUUGUCGUUGUUGCGUGCCUUGCCCCUGUACCUGCCUGCCAGCAAUGCGUUUUACGCGUACGCAUGAUCGCACGGACGGAACAUGUCCAGAAACGUUCUCUACAUGUCGUAUUUAAUUAGUGUAACUUGAUACACGACCGCGACAAACGAACGCGACGAAUUCUGCUGCCGCAGGAAAUUGCUGUAACGUGCGAUGACUUGAAGCACACGUAGCGCGCGACCUCGUGAUCCUCGAGCCUCGUCAAGUCUGCAUAAAUAUCAUGGGUCGUUAUACAGGAAAAAAAUGUCGUCUUUUGACAAUGUUAUGGCUGACAGCCUUAUUUUUUUUAGUAGAAAUUGUAGUUGGUUACGUAACCAAUUCAAUGGCUUUAAUAGCAGACAGUUUUCACAUGUUAUCAGAUGUAGCCGCUUUGGUAGUAGCAUUUCUUUCGGUAAAGAUGUCGCCGAAAAAAUGGUCCAAGAAUACCUUCGGUUGGGCGAGAGCCGAGGUAUUAGGAGCCUUGGUAAAUGCUGUGUUCUUGGUCGCUCUAUGUUUUAGUAUUACUGUGGAGGCAUGUAAAAGAUUCAUUGAGGUAGAAGAAAUACACGAAGCCAAACUACUUGUGGGAGUUGGAGCACUUGGUUUGCUGGUGAAUGUGAUAGGUUUAUGUUUAUUCCAUGAACACGGAAGUGCUCACGGUCAUUCACAUGGUAUAUCUCGAAGUCAUAAUAGACUGAGUACUUUAGUAGGUACAGACGACAAUGAAAACGACGAAGCUUAUAGACCUUCGACACCCCAAGUAAAACGAGCGCAUGGUCAUUCUCACGAUGCGAGUCAGAUGAACAUGCGAGGAGUAUUUCUUCAUGUACUUUCAGAUGCAUUAGGGUCUGUCAUUGUAAUUGUAUCAGCCCUCAUUGUAUGGCUUACAAAAUGGAAAUAUAGAUUCUACAUUGAUCCUGCACUGUCGCUCUUAUUAGUCAUUCUUAUUCUGCGUUCAGUAUGGCCGUUACUCCAAGAAUCAGCUUUAAUUCUACUACAGACUGUGCCAACACACAUUCAGGUCGAUGCUAUACAACAGCGUCUACUAGAAAAUGUAGAUGGAGUAUUAGCUGUACACGAAUUCCAUGUAUGGCAAUUAGCUGGUGAUCGUAUUAUAGCUAGUGCGCACAUAAGAUGCAGAAAUCUUUCGGAAUAUAUGAAAAUCGCCGAACAAGUUAAGGAAUUUUUCCAUAACGAGGGUAUACACUCUACGACUAUUCAACCAGAAUUUAUCGAUUAUCAUUCUAAUAGCGAAAUUAAAGAGACUCCCACGGAAGAUUGCGUGCUGGACUGUCCAAAGACUGAUAAGCCGUGCAAUCAUGCGACGUGCUGUGGUCCUUCCAAACAAGGUCGUGAAACUCCUUCACCUGGAGAGACACCAUAUAUGUGCAGACAGCGUAAUAGCCUGGCACGUUCGACGGGCUCUAUAGGAGGAACAGAGCAACAAGAAGUGAAUGAAAUGGAACGCGGACAUUUGCUAUCACUGCCCGUCUCGCAUCCCACUUCGUUCCACUCCGUCCAAGUUCCCCAUCCUCACGUCAAUGCACCAACCGUUUAAACUCCCUUUGCAUUAUCAAAUAUCUACCUCCAUAGAAAAAUAUGCGGCGCGUCACGAUUUAUUGUACAAAUACAAUAAAUGAGUAUAUCUACAUAGAAUUGACACACAUUAGUAUCAGCAAUUGAUGGCAGAGGUUGAAUGACGACGUUUUUGCAAUCGCAUCAAUUACAUCUUGUAAUUGAUUAAUUUUUUUAUAUUUAAGAAUUUCUCUGAAAUUUUUGCAUAUACCAAGCAAUCUGUUUCGGUUAAUCUUUGCCAUCAAUUUACUUAUAACUAAAUAAUUAAGAUAUUUGAUAAUUAAAUGCCAAAGGCAUAUUAAUACCAAAUAUAUUAUAUGCGUUACAUAACUCUGAUACAAAUAAGAUGUCGAAGUUAUUCUAGAUUUCUUGGAAGAAUUCCAGAAUUACAAAGUGCUUCGAAUGUUCAAUGCAUAAUUUAUCACAAAAAAUAUAGGACUUGUAAUCUAUGUUAAGUAUUGUUUAAAUCUCACAUAUAUACACACACUCAUAACUUGUACAUUGAUUUACACUAUAUGGCUUUAUAAAAACAUCACUUUGCGAAAUUCUUUAUUUAUAUAAUUAUCUUUAUAAUAUAAUUUUUAUUCUGUUAAAACAUUAUAUAAUACACAGUUUUAUAAAAUAGUACACAAAUCUAUAAGCGAGAGUACCAAAUCUCUUCAUUAUACUGUAUAUUAUUUUUUUUCCAUGUAAUUCUUAAAUAUUAAGUCUGUAUAUUUUUUAUGUAUUUCUUGUCGAUUUGAAUUAUAAGAAAACUAAAAGC